GGCGGGGAGGACGAAAGGGAAGGAGAGAGAAGAGGGAUAGCUGCUGCUCUUGAAUUAAGAAGAGACAGUGGCGACAAUAGACCAGAGGACUUGGGUGCUGGGGUUUUGUUUUGUUUUGUUUUGUUUUUCCGGGGGAGGGAGUCUUUUUCCCUCCCCAGUGGUCACUAGCGGGGUUUGCCAUUGAUGGCACUGCGCAGUGGGACAGGUUGGUUUGGCCAGGUCUUGCGCAGAGUGUCCGGGCUCCCCGGCACCUGGUCCCGGCGCUCCAGCAGCCUCCUGUGCCUCUCUUCCUCGCAGGAGCCUGAGGCUCGGCCGCGCCAGCAGCAGCAUCAGGAGCAGCAGCAGCAACCGCAGCAGCAGCCGCCACCACGGCGGCGGCGGCGGCAUCAGCAGUUACCGCAGCUCCAGCUCCAGCCUUAUCCCCUCCACCUCCACCACCCGCGCCGUAGCAGUGGCGGCAGCAGCAGCAGCAGCAGUAGCAGCGUCGGCGGAGGCUACCUCCCAUACCCCCCGCCCCUUGGGCAGCCGCCCCACUGCUGCUUACAACUUCCCAGUAGAGGAGGAGGAGGUGGAGGAGGAGGAGGAGGAGGGGGAGGACGGGGAGGAGGAGGCGGCGGCAGGAGAGCAGGAGGCGGUGGCUGCUGCGCGCUGCAGUCGGACCGCCGGGCGGCCGGGGGACAUGCACCCCGUGCCGGCCCCUUGCUGGCGGCCAUGAAGCGGCAGAACGUGCGGACCUUGUCCCUCAUCAUCUGCACCUUCACUUACCUCUUGGUGGGCGCUGCUGUCUUCGACGCCCUGGAGUCCGACCACGAGAUGCGCGAGGAGGAGAAACUCAAAGCCGAGGAGAUCCGGAUUAAGGGAAAGUACAACAUCACUAGCGAGGACUACCUCCAGCUGGAGCUGGUCAUCAUGCAGUCGGAGCCCCACCGCGCUGGGGUCCAGUGGAAAUUCGCCGGAUCCUUCUACUUCGCGAUCACCGUGAUCACCACGAUAGGUUAUGGCCACGCAGCCCCUGGUACGGAUGCUGGCAAAGCCUUCUGCAUGUUCUACGCCGUGCUGGGCAUUCCACUGACCCUGGUCAUGUUCCAGAGCCUGGGGGAGCGGAUGAACACCUUUGUUAAAUACUUACUGAAGAGGAUUAAGAAGUGCUGUGGCAUGAGGAGCACUGAGGUGUCCAUGGAGAACAUGGUCACCGUGGGCUUCUUCUCCUGCAUGGGGACCCUGUGCAUUGGGGCCGCCGCCUUCUCCCAGUACGAGGAGUGGAGUUUCUUCCACGCCUAUUACUACUGCUUCAUUACCUUGACUACCAUAGGGUUUGGGGACUACGUGGCCUUGCAGACCAAGGGCGCUCUCCAGAAGAAGCCACUCUACGUGGCCUUCAGUUUCAUGUACAUCCUGGUGGGGUUGACGGUCAUUGGGGCCUUCCUCAACCUGGUCGUCCUCAGGUUCUUGACCAUGAACAGCGAGGACGAGCGGCGGGACGCCGAGGAACGGGCCUCGCUGGCGGGCAAUCGCAACAGCAUGGUCCUCCACAUCCAGGAGGAGGCCCAGCACGGCCGGCCGCGGUACAAGGCCGAGGUCACGGACCUCCAAUCCGUCUGUUCGUGCAUGUGCUACCGAUCCCAGGAGUAUACCAGCCGGAUGGUGUCCCACCAAAAUUCCUUCAGCACCAAGCUGAACCCCCAGUACUUUCACUCCAUCUCAUACAAGAUUGAAGAAAUUUCUCCAAGCACAUUAAAAAACAGCCUUUUCCCAUCCCCUGUUAGCUCCAUCUCCCCUGGUCUGCACAGCUUUACUGAUAACUACAGGCUGAUGAGACGGCGGAAGUCCAUUUAG